UUGUUGAUUGCAGGUCCCCCUGGACCCCCCGGACCCCCUGGCGCUCCGGGCAAAAGAGGUCGCAAAGGCAAGAAAGGCGAUUUGGGAGAAUCCGGACCUCCGGGUCCUGCUGCUAUGCGGGGAUAUCCGGGAUUCCCGGGCCCCAUUGGAUUAGAUGGACCUAAGGGAGAACCUGGCCGGACAGGAGACAAGGGUCAAAAAGGCCAGCCGGGUAGUGCCGGAAUUGACGUCCUUCAAGCUGUCAAGGGGCUACAGGAAAGAGGCCAUAAUAUUUCCGGUGAAACAAUCAUCACACUAAAAGGUGAACCUGGAGAACCCGGCCCACCAGGACCACCUGGAACGCCGGGUCCCGAGGGAAUGCCGGGACACGACGGCAGACAAGGGAUGUCUGGCGAGCCAGGGCCGGCUGGGGAGCGUGGGGAGCCAGGUCCUAUGGGACCCCCUGGGCCCCCUGGUAUGGAUGGGUUGAUUGGACCUAAGGGUGAUAGAGGUCCUUUCGGAAAAUCUGGAGUUUCUGGAUACCCGGGAUUGCCAGGACAUAUGGGUUUGCCUGGUAUACCUGGUAGGAACGGGACAAAAGGUGAACCAGGUUUGACUGGUGAUAAAGGUGAUAAGGGAGAGAGAGGUCUGACGACGACGUUGACAGGAGAUCAGUUCCCUACCGGUAUCAUCGAGGGACCUCCUGGUCCUCCGGGACCACCAGGUGAAAAGGGUGAAUUAGGACCUAUAGGACCGCCAGGAUCGACUGGAGAUAAGGGUGCAAGGGGAAGGAGGGGCAAGAAGGGCCUUGAUGGCAGUGCAUUAUCGAGAGGCCUUCCAGGAGAAAAGGGAGAUGUAGGCGAACCUGGCCUAAAGGGUGAAAAGGGAGAAAAAGGGUUAACUGGCUUCCCAGGGCCAAAAGGUGAUAUGGGAAUAAUAGGUAGCCCCGGAAUACCCGGAGUUGACGGAGAAACCGGUCCACAAGGUCCUCCGGGACAUCCCGGCCAAUUUGGAGAAAAGGGUGAGAAAGGGGACUAUGGGGACAUCGGACCUCCAGGGAUGAUGGGUCCGCCAGGUUUACCUGGCCCGCCAGGCUACCCUGGUGCAAAGGGUGAAAAAGGCGAGAAAGGUGAUUCGAAGUACAAAAAACUCAGAAGGCGACAGGGUGAUAGCGCUGGGGAAAUAAUAAACGCCGAUAUGGUGUUUGGCCCCCCAGGACCUCCCGGUCCUAUGGGUCCUCCUGGGCUCCAAGGCCCUCCAGGGAUAAAGGGCGAUAGAGGAAGAGACGGCCUCAAGGGAGAACAAGGCGACAAAGGCACUAAAGGAGAUCCAGGCCCAAUGGGACUACCCGGUCCCAUGGGCCUGAGAGGUGAAAGCAGCAGACCAAGUGAAUACAGCAAUACUGGUCCCUUGGUAAGGAAGCCGUAUUAUUCGUCGCUGCAUAACUAUAGGCCUAGGGAUACCUAG